CUAGAAAUUACUGUGAGCGUCCAUUUUGUCCGGUAUUUUGCGAACAGGGUCAACUCUGAGUAACAUCUGGGUGUAAGCGCAGAGCAUCUUCCUCGACUCAACCAUAGCUGUGUAUCAUUAGUUAGCCAGCGGAUACUCGUCUCAAGUGACUGCUGCCAUGACGGAUGCGGCCAUUUCUUUUGCAAAGGACUUUUUGGCCGGUGGAGUAGCUGCUGCUAUAUCUAAAACAGCAGUAGCACCAAUUGAAAGAGUGAAAUUACUGCUGCAGGUCCAACAUGCCAGCAAACAGAUUAGUGCAGACAAACAGUACAAAGGCAUCGUCGACUGUAUUGUGAGGAUCCCCAAGGAGCAGGGUUUUGCCUCCUUUUGGCGUGGUAACCUGGCCAAUGUCAUCCGGUACUUCCCCACACAGGCCCUCAACUUCGCCUUCAAGGACAAGUACAAACAGAUCUUCCUGGGCGGCGUGGACAAGCACACCCAGUUCUGGCGCUACUUUGCUGGCAACUUGGCAUCAGGGGGUGCCGCCGGGGCUACCUCUCUCUGCUUUGUCUACCCUCUAGAUUUUGCCCGAACCCGUCUGGCUGCGGAUGUGGGAAAAGCAGGUUCCACCCGGGAGUUCACGGGGCUGGGUGACUGCCUAGCCAAGAUCUUCAAGUCAGAUGGUCUCAGAGGCCUCUACCAGGGCUUCAAUGUCUCUGUGCAGGGCAUCAUCAUCUACAGAGCAGCCUACUUCGGAAUCUAUGACACUGCUAAAGGUAUGCUUCCUGACCCUAAGAACACCCACAUUGUGGUGAGCUGGAUGAUUGCUCAGACGGUGACAGCCGUGGCGGGAGUGGUGUCCUACCCCUUCGACACCGUUAGGCGUCGCAUGAUGAUGCAGUCUGGACGUAGAGGAGCGGAUAUCAUGUACACUGGCACACUUGACUGCUGGCGGAAGAUUGCCCGUGACGAAGGAGGCAAAGCGUUCUUCAAGGGUGCUCUAUCCAAUGUGCUUCGAGGCAUGGGAGGAGCCUUUGUGUUGGUCCUGUAUGACGAAUUCAAGAAAUUUGUCUAAGCUAACCCCAUCAGUGUUUUAGCAACUGGGACAUUGACCAUGUAAGAAUAGCUGUUACUAUUGUGGUCCAUUAAGCUUUUACUGAAUCCCUUGUUUCCAGUAGAAUAUAUUUGGGGUCCUGGUCAUAUCUAGUACUAUUGGCCAACAACCUCAAAUUGUUGACCUGUGAACUUUCCAUUUUAAGCACUGUGUAUUUUUUUCUUUUGUUGAUAUUUUUGCACAGCCGUUAGAACAUAACUGUUCUUUUGAACCAGGGCAUUCCAAAAUAAUAA